GACUGCACAUGCGUUGUAUAUUGCCAAACUACUUCCAUGAUAGCUAGAAGUGUGAUCAUCUGCUUGGUAUAAUUAGCUAUUUCUUAAAACCGAGCGUGAUGCAGUGGGGUUUGGAGUUAAGAAACUUCAUCUCUAACUCCGCCGUCUCUACUUGAGAUGGUUUGGUAUUUAGAGCAACAUGAUAGGAUCUUACUAGGGCCGUACAAUUUUGAUGACAAAUUAAGUAAUUUGGGACAUCAAUCACAAGGGAAGGGCUCAUGGUCGGGUUAGAUAUAUAUAGAGCUUGCCGUAUCUUCCAACUCGCGCGGAAUGGAUGGAAGUUUCCAACUGGAAAUUGGGCAUCUUCUAAUUUUUUAAACCGCUCAUUCACGACGAGGAUGGCAAACCUAACUGAGCACUCUCUCCCGGAGACCUACACUGGUCUACAAUUCCAUUCACCCUCUUCGCCGCCCACUCUUGCAGCACUGUCGACACCGAUUCCCACGGCUGGAACCGCGAUUGUUAAGCCACUAUACUCUAUCAUCGUACAGUAUGCCAACGAGAUAUUCACCAACGGCAAUCCGAGAGGCUAUAAGUACCCCUUACCGAUUGUACCUGGUGGUUCUUGUAUUGCCCGCGUUGCUGCUGUUCCGUCCGACGCUACGAGCCUAAAACCCGGCCAGCUGGUAUUUGUAGAGUUAACGGUCCGGGGCCGGGACGACCCCAAUAUAAAGAUCCUUAGGUCAUUCCACGAGGGCUUCAGUGAGGGUACUAGGAAGCUGAUGGCGUCAGAAGAAUGGCGCAAUGGUUGCUGGGCUACGCUAUCGACUGCACCUUUGGAAAGCGUGCACGCUCUGGAUGAAGAUAUUUUAGUUGGGCGACUGGGAUAUAAACUUGAAGAACUUGGUUGUCUUAGUCAACUGGUGGUACCGUACGGUGGUCUCGUAGAUAUUGGACUAAAACCAGGCGAAACGGUUUUGAUUGCUCCAGCUACGGGUUCCUUUAGUAGUGCUGCGGUACAUGUGGCCCUUGCUAUGGGCGCUAGAGUCAUCGCCAUGGGGAGAAACGAGGCAGCUCUCGCGGAACUGAAGAAACUCGCCGAUCCUGGAAGAAUAGAAACCGUCAAGAUUAGCGGUGAUGUUCAACAAGACGUCGACGCGCUAGCUAAGUUCGGGCCACUGGAUGUGUAUUUCGACAUAUCCCCACGGCCGGCCAGCAAGAGCUCUCACAUUAGAGCGGGUAUCUUGUCUUUGAGGCCAGGAGGCCGGAUGAGUCUCAUGGGAGGAAUCCCAGGUGACAUCGACAUCCCUUAUUGGCACAUAUCAUACAACGGUAUCACAAUUAAGGGAACCUUUAUGAAUACAUCUCAGCAGGCGAAGGACUUGAUAAAAACUGUCGAAAGGGGUGUUCUGAAGAUUGGAUCUAGAGUGGGCAUGGAGGUGGCCGGAAAGUUUGGGCUUGAAGAUUGGGAGGAGGCACUUCGGAUUGCUGCGGCAAAGGGAGGCCCGGGAAAGAGUGUAUAUUUCAUUCCUAAUGGGGAGUGAUAUGUCAGGUACUCUAGAAAAGAAGUGAAAAUAAUACAUUUUGAUACGAUUUAUACAGUUUUCAUUGUUAGGACGAUAAUAUAAAAAUAAGUCCGUACAUUGAGUUUAAG